UCUCCCGGCGAAGCAUUGAAUUUGUCGUGUCAUAAAAGUGAGCUUCGCGGAUUUGACUUGACUCUCUCACGCCAGUUUGUUUCUUUAUUUUUUUUUUUUUGCUCGCUCGCAGAGCAAAGCAAGUCACCAAACAUCAGCAGGCGCUCGCUAGUCAGUGUUGAGCAAGCAGUUUGUCCAUAGACUCUACAUAAAAACAGGAGCGUCCGCAUCAAGAAGAAGGAAUCCGCGACGGUAUCCGUAAAAUUUCGAGUUUUUGGUGUUUUCCGCAACGAUCGCUAGCAAUUGAUAGAAGCAGAAGCAUAGCAGAGCGCAGGAUAGUUUACAUACAGUGUGAAUAACGUGUGAUAGUGUGUGAUACAUUCCGAUCAAGCUCAAGCAAAAAGUAGGGGCUGCGGAAGAUUCCCUGCCCUACGGUUUCCUCGGAAAGCAUAAGUGUGCCGUACUGCCCAGUGGCUGCCAGCCUCUUUUCUCAGUGUCAGUCGUCGUCGUCGGUGGAAGGCUAUGAAAAUAUGAGUGCACAAACGCCGACCCAACCUUCGUCCGGACCGCCGGUUCCUCCGGUCAAACCGAUCCUAUCGUCGCCCGGUGCCUACAUGGCCAACUUCCAGCAGCAACAAUCGGGCAGCCCCCUGUCGGCUUCCGGCAGCAAUAGUAGCGCUGGCACUCCGAUAUCCGGCACGGCUCCGAAUCCUCCGAUCACGGCCGGCAUUCACAGUAGCAACAAAACGCACGAGAAGCCCACGAUAGCGGCCCGGCCCAUUCCACCUCCAACGCUGCCAAAAUAUUCGUCCUCAUUCAACAAGAUCGAUCGGGAUCGGAACGAGUUCACCAAAAUGGACAAGGCGGAACGGGAGAAGCUCCAAUCCAAACGCGAGAUGUUCUUCAAAUCGGAAAGCAACAGUCCAUCGGGACCACCCCCGAAUCCACCGGUGCUAAGCAAUCUCAACCUGGCUAACAAUAAUAUAGUGAAUAACAACGCAUCGCAUCUAAACAACGCCACCAACGACAAGCAUUCGCUUAACUCGCAUACUAACAGCGUCAGCUCAAUCGGAUCUAAUGUGACUAAUAACAACAACAACCACAACAAUAACAGCAUCAACAAUCACAACAGCAGCAUGACCAGCAACGGAACCGUCAACGGGCUGGCCAACAGUUUGACCAACAUUUCGUUGAAGGAGAAACGGGACGCCAUUCUGAAUGCGAACAAUCAUCACGGACACGAUGGGCUGGUCCAGAACAAUGGGCACCACGAUUCGAACAAAAUCCUCAACGAACGGCACGAAAAGGAGAAACCGAUCAUCAAAUCGAAACCCAAAGAGCUGGACGGAUACGUCGGAUUUGCGAAUCUACCGAACCAGGUCUAUCGGAAGGCGGUCAAGAAGGGUUUCGAGUUCACACUCAUGGUUGUGGGUGAAGCCGGCCUCGGUAAAUCGACCCUCAUAAACUCGAUGUUCCUGUCCGAUGUGUACCAUCCGGAGCAGCAUCCGGGACCGUCGAAGCGGAUCAAGAAAACGGUUACCGUCGAGGGUACCAAGGUAUUGCUGAAGGAGAACGGCGUCAAUCUGACGCUGACCGUCGUGGACACACCCGGUUUCGGAACGGCUGUCGAUAACAGCAAUUGCUGGAUGCCCAUCGUGGACUUCGUCGAGAGCAAGUACGAGGAAUACCUAACGGCCGAAUCGCGAGUACACCGGACAGCCAUUCCAGACUCCCGGGUACACGUGUGUCUGUACUUCAUCGCCCCCUCAGGACAUGGGCUCAAACCCCUGGAUAUCGAGUUCAUGCAGCGACUGUGCGACAAGGUCAACAUCAUUCCGGUGAUCGCCAAGGCUGACACCCUGACGCCCGAGGAAAUUACCCAGUUUAAGAAGCAGAUUCUCAACGAAAUCGCACAGCACAAGAUCAAGAUCUAUGACUUCCCAGAUCCUUCGGACGAGGAAGAGGAUGCCAAAACGUUACGGCAGCUGCGCAGUCGGGUUCCGUUUGCUGUGGUCGGCGCUAAUGCUAUCGUAGAAAUCGACGGCCGCAAAUUGCGAGGUCGUCGCUAUCCUUGGGGAGUUGUUGAAGUUGAAAACCUUGAUCACUGUGAUUUCAUUGCACUACGAAAUAUGGUCAUCCGAACGCAUCUUCAGGACCUCAAGGAUGUGACCAACAACGUCCACUACGAGAACUACCGGUGCAGAAAGUUGGCCGGUUUGGGCAACGAUGGCAAGGGAAAAAUGAGCAACAACGUAUGCAAUAUUGGAACGAUUAACGCAAACUCAUUCGGUACUGGAUGGAACCCACUGGCCCAGAUGGAGGAGGAGAAGCGCGAGCACGAGUCCAAGAUGAAGAAGAUGGAAGCCGAGAUGGAGCAGGUGUUCGAGAUGAAGGUCAAGGAGAAGAAGCAGAAGCUGAAGGACUCGGAAGCCGAGCUGACCAGACGGCACGAGGAACGGAAGAAGGCCCUGGAACUACAGAUCCGCGAACUGGAGGAUCGCAGGAAAGCGUUCGAAAUCGAGAAGGUCGAAUGGGAACAGCAGAACGGCGUGACGCUGGAAGAUCUUCGACGCAGGAGCCUCGAAGCCAACAGCAAAGAUGACCUUGAUACUGCUCAUCUCUGGACGCCCGGCAUCAGAGAUCUGCCUAAGUACCUACCUAAAAUCCAAAUUUUCAAAAAUAUUUUUGCACAAUUUUUAUAAAGCACAAGAAUUUCUGUAGUGUCCCUCCUUCUACAUGGUCAAUUCGAUAUAAGGUUAGAUUUGAGGCUUUGUACAAUACAACACUUGCUGUUGGUCUUUCGAACAAAGAAACGACUUUCGAAUUUUAUUCUAAUGAUAACCUUGCACCGUCAGUAACCUAGCAGACAUUUUUUUCUGUUUCUAGUUGAUUUAUUGUUUUUUUUUUUGUAGAUACAGUUUGUGAUAUUUGUAAAGAAGUGAUUUAAAUAAUUAAACAUUAAACAAAUUGGCUGAUCUGAUUUAGUUAAAAAGAGAACGUUUUGAACGUACUCUAUGUACUCGAGUGAUACGCAUAUUUAUACCUACUUUUUUUAGUCGAUUAUCAAAUCGAAAUAACUAUCUGAUAAUCCGAUAUCGAAACACUUGUGAUAACCAUUACUGAUGCUAAAAAAUCAACCACCCCUUCUAUGCAUUUCCUCACCACCGAAAAAUCGGAAUCUAAUCACCGUCACCAAUCACCACCACCACCACCACACAUCACCACCUGUUUCUUCAUCACCACCAAUCAUCAUCGGCAAACUGUGAAUUGGGCGCCGCCCACCAACCACCGCCCACCUCCCCCGCCUUCUCUCCGUUUUGUUGUGGAUCCCCUCCUC